CUGUGCACUACUUAGAUAGGAAACACGCGGUCCAUUCUCUUAUGUCGAUGGGUAGCAGUAGCAGCCAGUAAGGCAACAUGGAUUCUGUGGCAAACCUCGUUAAGGUUUCAGUUCCAAAUUAUUUGGCUGGAUUACCGAUUCCAUCGUCGAUCGGAGGAUGGUUUCGACUGGGAGUUCGCGACUGGUUAUCACUGAUACCGCCAACUGCCCUGAUGGCCGGAAUCGGUUUCAUGUCAUACAGGGCGUUUUGCCCUCAUGGAAGGCCACCGCCCUCCAGUCACAUAAAUCCUAAGAUAAAGAAGGACUCCGCCAAGGUUGUCGACUCCAUCGAUGUAGAAGAUAUUACUGAAAAAGCUGUUAUGUGCCGCUGCUGGCGGAGUGAGAAUUGGCCGUACUGCGACGGCGCUCACGGACGGCACAAUAAGGAAACCUGUGACAACGUAGGACCUCUUGUUAUCACAAAGAAGAAUUAGGGACUUUUUAACAAAGUACUGAAAAUCAAGGCCCAUUACACACAGGGACAUGCGAGUAUGUUAUCAUAUAAGUAGUUAAUUACAUAUAUCGAGUCAUAUCUCUUACCCUUUACAGACAGUAUAUCUCAUCAUACAAGUCAUUGCAACUGAUCAAUCAGAUUAACCAGAAUUAUAUAGAGAGAGUUGCCAAAUACAGGGAAGAGACUUACUCACUAUAUUCAGCGAGAAAUCUUCGAAAUUAUCAUUUUGCGCAACUGAGUUUACUAGUUGUCAUAGUAUCAUCACAAAAACUGUACACGUAAGAAAUGAACGGACGAAAUUUGUAAAUUUUUUGAUAUUCAUUGUUGUCUUCUAUUUUUGUUGCGAAGUGUCCUAGAGAAGUUGUAUAUCUGCUGUAUUAAUUUAUGAAUAAAUCAGAUUAUAUUCAAUA